AGAAGAUUCCUCAGUGCUGAUUUGUGGAAAUGAUCCCCUCCCCACUGUUUCACAUCCACAUCCUGGUAGUUUAGUGACUCAGAUCCAUUUUGUGAGGCUCCUGGAAGGGUGAAGUCCACUCGGUCCCUUUUACAUCUGGGGAUUUAGGCAAUUCACAGCCAGCACACCAGGUUUUCUGCAUCCAGGAACUUGGGGGACUCAGAACCCUUUUGUGAGGGUCGUGGAAGAGGAAAGUAAACCUGUACAGUGUGUGGUAUCUCCAAAGCAGCAGUGGAACCACCUGAGAUUACCAUUAUCUGCCAGCAAUUCAGGCAUUAAUCUAAAGGAGCUGAAGGACCUAUUAAUAACAGCUUGACUCAAGUCAUCAGAGGCAGUGUCAGGUACAUCAGUACGAAGGCUUCUGAGUCUUCAUCCCUGUGACCUGCGUGGUUUCCUGCCUGUUAUUGCCAAGGAAACUCAAGAUGGAUCCUACUGAGAACAGCCAGAGCUUCAACCUCCCAGACAGCCCUCAGGCCCAAAGGGAGGCAAGGGGCCUGGAGAGUGCGCAGGUCCCCAUAGCUGAGGCUAGGGAGGCAGAGGCCACUGCCACCACCCCAGGGCAUAUGUCUGCUGGAGGAAUGCUCAGCUCUCCCCAGAGUGCUCAGAGAGCCUCCUCUCCUCCCACUGCCAUGGGAGGGGCAUCAUCUGCUGAGGCCUCUGGAAACCAAGAAGGGGAGGUGGCUGAGCCCCAGUUUCCCCCACGGGCUGUACUAAAUGGAAGGAUAGUUGCUUUGGUGAGAUUCCUGCUCAUCAAGUUUCGAAAGAUGGAGCUAGCCACCAAGUCAGAAAUGAUGCAGAGGGCCAUGAGAGAUUAUGAGGAGUACUAUCCUGUGAUCUUUAGAAAGGCCUCUGAGUGCAUGAAGUUGAUCUUUGGUAUUGACAUGAUGGAAGUGGACCCAUUUGUCCACUCCUAUUUCCUUUUCCCUGCCCUAGGGAUCACCUAUGAUGGGUUGAUGCAUGGGGUUCUAGGUGUACCCAAGACAGGGCUGGUCAUAAUUGUACUGUGCAUCAUCUUCAUAGAGGACAAUUGUGUCAGUGAGGAGGUGUUCUGGAAUGUGUUGAAUAGCCUAGGGAUAUAUGCUGGUAUGGAUCAUUUCAUAUUUGGGGAGCCCAAGAGUCUGAUCACUGAGGAUUUUGUGCAGGAAGGGUAUGUGGAAUACAGGCAGGUACCCAACAGCCAUCCUCCUCGCUAUGAGUUCCUGUGGGGUCCAAGGGCCUAUGCUGAAACCACCAAGAUGAAGGUCUUGGAAUUUUAUGCCAGCAUUGUUAAGCAGGAUCCUAGAUCCUACCCUGAAAAGUAUGCAGAGGCUUUGAGGGAGGAGCAAGAGCGGGCCUAGGCCAGAGAAAGCCAGCAGAUAACACUGCUCUGGUCAGCACAAGUUCUACUGUACUAGCAGUUUCUAACCCACAUCAGGUCAGGCAGAGGGGUGAAGUAAAUAGUGGACUGGUGAGAAAAAGAGUAUAAAUCACUCCUUUCUUACUAUUCUGUUUGAGUGACUUGAGGAGGCUCAUUAUAAGAUUUUGUUACUUUUACUACAAGACUCAUUUGCUUGAGAUUUUUAAGGUUACAAAUGACAUUAGUAAUGUAUCUGUUGUUGGUCCAGGUUAGGAGAAUUUGUUAUCUUGAAAACAAACAAGAAUGUUUUCUAAUAUAUAAUAUGUCAUAAGAUACAAUAACGUUAAAGUUAGAAUUUCCUGGGUGAUGGAAAAGAAGUUGGCAUUAACAUAAAGAACAGAAUAAAAUUAAUUUUUGAUUGUG